UAAUUGCCUUAGAAACUCUCGACUCGUUGCCGACAAACUUUCAAAAAAUGACGGCCAAGAAAAUUUUCAAGUUUCCAGCGAAACUGAAGAAAACAAUUUUCCUACUGGCAGCCACUGGCCUCACUAUUCACGCCUCCAAUCGCUCCGAUUUUGUUUCGGAGAAAAUUACGGCUGGUGUCGACGGCGUCAUUCGCUCCUCCCGCGCAAUCUCCACCUUUGCUUUGACUGUUGCUGACUACAAAUAUUCUUUAUAUGGAUUAUCUACUGCUUCCGGUGAUUAUCGUCGCAAAUUAUCUGAGGUUCAUUUACGUUCAGCCAAGAGAAUUCUGCAAUUAUGUGAAACCAACAGAGGUUUCUAUGUAAAAGCGGGUCAGUUUGUUGCUGCGAUGCGGCAGGUUCCCAAAGAAUACUUUUUGACUCUUUCCUCGUUACAGGAUCAGGCGGUUCCUUGUCAUUUCAAAGCCAUAAAAGAAGUUCUAAUUAGCAAUCUGGGCCAAGAUUUCUCUGAAAUAUUUCUUUCUUUUGAUGAACAACCAAUAGCUGCUGCAUCUAUUGCCCAAGUACAUCAUGCGGUGUUGAGAGAUCAUCAAGAAGUCGCUAUUAAGGUGCAAUACCCAGGAAUAGAGCAUAAGAUGAGACUAGACACAACAAUUAUGUCUUUCCUUUCAAAGGCUGUUACAUGGUUUUUCCCUGAGUACAGGUUUGAGUGGCUGAUAUCAGAAUUUGGGGGAGCCAUUUCUUUGGAACUCGAUUUCAUUCAAGAGGCUAGAAAUGCUGAGAAAACGGCUGAGAACUUUAAAAACAAUGACAUAGUCCGGGUUCCUAAUGUUUUUUGGGAUUUGACCACUAAGCAUGUUUUGACAAUGGAGUUCUGUAGGGGGUGCAAGGUUGAUGAUCUGGAGUUUUUGAAGGAAAGAAGAAUAGAUGCAAUAAAGGUUGCAAAAGCAUUGUUAGAGGUGUUUGCAGAAAUGAUAUUUGUCCAUGGUUUUGUUCAUGGAGAUCCACACCCUGGUAAUAUAUUUGUUUCUCCAGAAGGUCAGAAUGGCUUUUCAUUGGUUCUUUUAGAUCAUGGAAUCUACAAAACUUUGGAUGAAGCAUUUAGAGUGGAAUAUUGUCAGCUGUGGAAAGCAUUGAUUCUUCUCGACUCCAACAAAAUAUAUCAUCUUGGUGAACGAUUUGGUGUUGGAAAGUAUUCUAAGUACUUCCCCCUCAUUUUUACAGGAAGAACUGUUGACAGUAAAUCUGCACUGGGGAAGGGAAUGUCAGUGGAAGAGAAAAGGAAAUUGAAGCCGGAAUUAGAGUCUCUAACGAUGGAGGAUAUAUCUUCUUUCAUGGAGUCUCUACCGCCUGACUUUCUAACAGUAUUUCGCACAGAUGGGCAUAUGAGGUCUGUAAUUAGCAAGUUGGGUGCACCACAACGGAUCAGGCUGCUGGCCUAUGCUAAGUAUUCCUUGUAUGGUCUCUCACCAAAGAUGAAUCCUAAAUCUGAUUUUGCCGGAGAAGUAUUGUUGUACAGAUUUAAGACACAUGCAAGCUACCUUCAACUGAGGCUUGUUCUUGAGUUACUAGAGCUACUUUCUUGGAUGCGGAGGUUUAAACAUCAUCUACAUAUCUUGCAUAGAAAGGUCAUUAGUUCCAUGAGGAGUGUGUUGACACUUUAUUUGAGUAUUGUAAUUAAGCAUUAAUUUGAUGAUUGGUUGGCUGGAGAUUGGCCUCUGUAUUUUCUCCUCCAUUGAUGUGGAGCUGGAGCGCAACUGGGAUUUUUCAGUUAAAUACAACAUUUAAUUUACUUCAAAUUCAAUUCCUUUUGUAUAAGAAUUCGUUAGCUUUCUGUUAUAUUGUUUUAAUGGCUACAUUUCCAUUAAAGCAUUUUAUAUAUUUUUUUCCAGCUUGACUAUCAUAGUUCGAGAAGAGUUCUUAUAGGAUGACUUUGUUUGAAUCC